CGGCCAGCCGCGCCGUCGCCGUCGCCACCAUGCCGCUCAGGUUGGAGAUCAAGAGGAAGUUCGCGCAGCGGUCGGAGAGGGUCAAGUCGGUGGAUCUGCACCCCACGGAGCCAUGGAUCCUGGCCAGCUUGUACUCGGGAAGUGUGUGCAUCUGGGACUAUCAGUCGCAGACCAUGGUGAAAUCAUUUGAAACUUCAGAGCUGCCAGUGCGGUCGGCAAAAUUUGUGUCAAGGAAACAAUGGGUUGUAGCUGGUGCAGAUGAUAUGCACAUUCGUGUCUACAACUACAAUACUAUGGACAAAGUUAAAGUUAUCGACGCUCAUACUGAUUACAUCAGAUGUGUUGCAGUCCAUCCAACUCUUCCAUAUGUGCUUUCAUCAUCUGAUGACAUGUUGAUAAAGCUGUGGGACUGGGACAAAGGGUGGAUGUGCACUCAAAUCUUUGAGGGGCAUUCACACUAUGUCAUGCAGGUUACUUUCAAUCCUAAGGAUACUAACACUUUCGCAAGUGCAUCCCUUGACCGCACUACAAAGAUAUGGAGUUUGGGUUCUCCAGAUCCAAAUUUUACCCUUGAUGGACAUCAAAAGGGUGUGAACUGUGUUGAUUACUUUACUGGUGGUGACAGGCCCUAUUUGAUUACUGGUUCUGAUGACUCCACUGCAAAGGUCUGGGAUUACCAAACUAAGAGCUGUGUUCAGACACUUGAAGGCCAUACACACAACGUUUCUGCUGUUUGUUUCCAUCCUGAGCUUCCUAUAAUCAUUACUGGAUCUGAAGAUGGGACAGUUCGUAUCUGGCAUUCGACAACUUACAGGCUUGAAAACACACUAAACUAUGGCCUUGAACGAGUCUGGGCUGUUGGAUACAUGAAGGGAUCAAGAAGAAUGGUGAUUGGUUAUGAUGAGGGAACUAUUAUGAUUAAAAUGGGCCGCGAAGUACCUGUUGCAAGUAUGGAUAGCAGUGGAAAAGUCAUUUGGGCAAAACAUAACGAGAUACAAACUGUGAAUAUAAAGAGUGUUGGUGCAAACUUUGAGGCUACAGAUGGGGAAAGAUUGCCCCUGGCUGUGAAGGAGUUGGGAAGCUGUGAUCUUUACCCACAGAACUUGAAGCAUAACCCCAACGGCAGAUUUGUAGUUGUAUGCGGAGAUGGUGAAUACAUAAUCUAUACAGCACUGGCUUGGAGGAAUAGAUCAUUUGGAUCAGCAUUAGAGUUCGCUUGGUCAUCCGAAGGAGAGUAUGCAAUCAGAGAAAGUACAUCAAGAAUAAAGCUUUUCAAUAAAUCAUUCCAGGAGAAGAAAACCAUCCGCCCUGCAUUCUCUGCAGAGCGAAUCUUUGGCGGUGUACUUUUGGCAAUGUGUUCUAGUGACUUCAUUUGCUUUUAUGACUGGGCUGACUGUAGACUAAUACGCCGAAUUGAUGUGAAUGUCAAGAAUGUCUACUGGGCGGAUAGUGGUGACCUAGUUGCAAUAGCAAGUGAUACAUCGUUCUACAUCCUGAAGUACAACAGAGAUGUUGUUGCUGCUUAUCUAGAAGGUGGAAAGCCUGUGGAUGAGGAAGGCGCUGAAGAUGCUUUUGAGCUGCUUCAUGAGAUCAAUGAGCGAGUGCGAACAGGGAUCUGGGUUGGAGACUGCUUUAUUUAUAACAACUCAUCUUGGCGCUUAAACUAUUGUGUUGGUGGCGAGGUCACAACGAUGUAUCACUUGGAUCGCCCUAUGUAUUUGUUGGGAUAUCUUGCAAAUCAAAGUCGAGUUUAUCUUAUUGACAAGCAGUUUAAUGUCAUUGGCUAUACAUUACUUCUCAGUUUGAUUGAAUACAAGACGCUUGUGAUGCGUGGGGAUUUGGAAAGUGCAAACGAGAUUUUACCAUCCAUACCGAAGGCGCAAUAUAAUAGCGUUGCUCAUUUCUUGGAGUCCAGAGGAAUGUUGGAGGAGGCUCUUGAGAUAGCCACUGAUGCUGAUUAUAAGUUUGAUUUGGCUGUGCAGCUUGGAAAAUUAGAAAUCGCGAAGGAUAUUGCCGUAGAAGCACAAAGUGAAUCGAAGUGGAAGCAGUUGGGUGAGCUUGCCAUGUCCACUGGCAAGCUUGAGGCGGCGGAAGAGUGCCUUUUGCAGGCGAAGGAUUUAAGUGGCUUGUUAUUACUGUACUCCUCUCUUGGAGAUGCUGGAGGAAUUGAAAAGCUUGCUUCUCUAGCAAAAGAGCACGGGAAAAACAAUGUUGCUUUCCUCUGCCUCUUUAUGCUUGGUAAAUUGGAAAAUUGCAUACAGUUGCUUGUAGACAGCAAUCGUAUACCUGAAGCUGCAUUAAUGGCACGUUCUUAUCUUCCCAGCAAAGUUUCAGAGAUAGUAGCAUUAUGGAGAAAGGACCUCAGUAAAGUUAAUCCUAAAGCUGCAGACUCUCUGGCAGAUCCUGCUGAGUAUCCAAAUUUAUUUGAAGACUGGCAGGUUGCACUUACAGUAGAACAGAAUGUUGCUGCCCAGAGGGGGCACUAUCCUUCUGCUGAUGAGUACUUGAACUAUGCUGAGAAGUCAGACAGUACUCUUGUGGAAGCUUUCAAAAGGAUGCAGGUCAUUGAAGACGAGGAAGAAGUAGAUGCACUGGAUGAAAGUGGAGAGCCUGAUGAAGAGGUAAUGGAAGAGAAUGAAAUGGAGGAAAACACCGAUGAAGCUGUCCAAGUUGAUACUGAUGAACCUGAAGAAACUGUUCUUGUAAAUGGGACUGAGGGUGAGGAACAGUGGGGUACGAACAAUGAAGGAACUUCGCCAGCCUAAAAGAAUUGUUUGGCAAAUGUAAAAGUCCAAUUUUUUGUCUAUGUACUAACCCAACAUGAUGAGUAGGCGCCAAUGAUGGAACAAAAGCUCAAUGGUUGAACCUGUUCUUUCUGAGGGUAACAUUGCAAUCCCAGUUUUGUCAUGGAGCACCUGAAUUGGUUGAUGCUUAUUCACCGGUGAGCUACAUACUGCUUCUUGGUCAAAUCCAAAUCCCAGAAAGGAAGUCUAAACUAACUUGAGGGAUGCUAGUCUAUUUGCACCGAUCCUGUCAGGUUUGUUUGCAGCAGCAACAUAUAGGCAAUUCUUUCAUCCUAAGACACAUUUUCAUACCCAACUUUCAUGUACUAAAGUCAGUGGGUUGGGUGCAGAGUUGGUUGUGACGAGGAGGUUUUGAAUAAUUGUUAUAGAGAUGUGUAGUAUGUGCCAUAUUACAAUAGCCAUUAUACCCUGUAAGAGAUCAAAGUUUUCUUUAGCCACCCGCUGUAAUUUGUGGUAUUCAAUGAGGUUACGUGUAGUAUAUGAUUUUGG